AAAAAAAAAAAAAAACCCAAAAAAAAAGUCUUAAAUACUUGUUGUAUUUUGACAAUUUCACCCUUUGAGCUUUAAGACAUACCAGUGGCUUGCAAUGGAACAAAUUGGAUAGAGCCUUUCACUCCUUUCAAUUUCAAAGCAAAGUUGGAGAAAUAGCUAUGGAGAGUGCUCUUCUCUCAGCUUCCCACUUCACUACUACUACUCUGCUCAAAUCAGAAAGAGAAGUAGCUGGUGGGCGAGUGGCUGUGACGAAAUUACAGAGCUCAUUUUAUGGUAAAGAGAUCAAUAGUCAUGCUCUUUUCAUCAGAAACUUCAGUGCUGUCAAGAGAAUCCAUCUCACUGUCACCUCUGUGAUGCGGAGGAAACUUGUAAAGAAGGAGACUAUUGUUCCUGACCCCGAUUACCGAAUUCCAAUUGUUCUUCUAGGGCUAUCUGGUGGUUUAUUUUAUGCGGAAAAUCUACCAGCAGCUGUUCCUAUUGGUCUUCUUGGAUUACUCCUGUUAUUCCAGACAACAAGAGUGAGAUUUGUCUUUGAUGAUGAAGCUCUGGAGGUGAAAGUUGGGGAGCAGCUCGAGGAGUCGGGUGAAAAUGUUUUUGUGGGUGGAAAGAACCGCUGGAAAUAUUCGUCAUUUCUGAACUGGGAACUAUGGUGGCCAACUUUUCCAAUUUUGGUUUAUUUUAAGGAGAAUCAGACAAAACCCGAGGGACAAGUGCACUUUUUCCCAGUAAUUUUUAACGGGAAGCAACUGUAUGAUGUUAUGGUGGAGAGAUGUGGCCCUUCAAAAACUAGCGGACCAAAGUAGUGCGUGCAGCACGAGCUUCAGGACGAAGAUGAACCAGGCAAGCCAUAAGAUCAGAUUUAGUAACAAAGGUAUGAAGCUAAAGGGUUAAGGAACUGGUCCAUUCAGUUACAAAAUGUUCCAUUCAGUUACAAAAUGUACUUCAAUGUAAUGACCUAACAUAUAUUCGCUUUCCUGUUUCUAGCAUCUUAAAGUCAGUCAUAAAAGAUAAAAUGAUGCUCGCUUUGAGUUUUUCUGUCACAAGUACAUGUAUUAUCAUCAUUACUAGAGGUGGAGUCUGGUACACUCCAGACCGCACUUUGUGUGAUACACACGGUAUGUUUCUGUAACUUUAUGAAAGGCGGUAACUGGAUAUAUUACAAACUUUCAGUGUUCAUACAUGAGAUGUGCAACACAAAUUGUACCUUA